ACCAAUUGUAUUUUCCUUGCUAGCUUGGCGAGCUUACCGACAUGAGUUUAGUGGUUUGUGGAAUGUUUGGUUAACUAGAAGUGGACGGGCUGGCCGUGAAAGUAACUUUGUGCUAGUUUACGUCUUCUUAAUAACUUCAUAAACGCCAAAUAAACCCGAUGAUAUGAUCCGAGCUGGCAGAAGAGAACCUACCAAACUGUUGUCGUUAGGUUUCAUUUAAAGUCACGGCGGAACAAAAAGAAGGCAGAGUCGAGCAGUGGAUCCGGUUGCAUUUAGGUUAUCAUUCAAAACCAUCGAAACUAGUUUUCCAGUAAUCUAGUUGUGUUUCAGUAAUAUUUAUGCUUCCGUCCUCGCCAUAGUGGAAAAAAGCCGUCAAACGUGUCUUCUGAUAUUUCAUGGAUUCCAUGUGAUGGUGUGAGGAUGAGACAGGGUGGUGUUGGAAGUGACUGCAGCCCUGGAGGCUGAUGAAGCUGCUCCAUUGGCCCGUCAGGAUGCACAUAGCUUCAGUGGGUGUCAGCAAGUUUUGCUUCCUGUUCUCCCUCGCAUUCUGCGGUCUCCUGCUUCUGCUCAUUCCUGCUCUCCAGCCCCCAGCACGCCAGGUGGACCUGCCUCAGCCCCGACCCCAAGUCAGACCUGCACAGGCAGGAGUGUCUGUCCAUGCAGAGAACACUGAGUCUGCCACAGAGCUGAAUAGGAGCUCAGCAGUGCAGGGGAGACCCAUCAAGACUGAAGGGACCAGGAAUGACUUCCAAAGUCCCAAGAGUGGGACGGACUCCAAAAAAGGAGCUCUCCCUCGAGUUUCAGGGCCGUGGGACCUGUUAGAGUUUAAGGACAUUUUUAUUGCAGUAAAGACUACCAGGAAGUACCACAAGUCCAGACUGGAGCUGCUGAUUCAGACCUGGGUUUCCCAAGCUAAAGAACAGACCUUCAUAUUCACUGACGGUGAGGACAAGGAGCUCCGGAUGAGAACAGGCGUUAACAUCAUCAACACAAACUGCUCAGCAGCUCACACCCGACAGGCUCUGUGCUGCAAGAUGUCUGUGGAGUACGAUAAAUUCAUCGAGUCUCAGAAAAAAUGGUUCUGCCACGUGGAUGAUGAUAACUAUGUGAUCAUGCCCAGCCUGCUGCAGCUGCUCUCGUCCUACCACCACAGCCAGGAUGUCUACCUCGGCCGGCCCAGUCUGGAUCAUCCUAUAGAGGCUGCAGAGAGGGUGAAGAGUGACGGAUCGGUAUCUGUAAAGUUCUGGUUUGCCACAGGUGGAGCAGGGUUCUGUAUCAGCAGAGGCCUGGCACUGAAAAUGAGCCCAUGGGCCAGUUUGGGGAAUUUCAUCAGCACAGCAGAGAAGAUCCGACUACCGGACGACUGCACCAUCGGCUACAUCAUCGAGGCACUACUGGAGGUGACCCUAACACACACACACCUCUUCCACUCUCACCUGGAGAACCUACAGAAACUGCCCACUGACACUGUGCUGGAGCAGGUGACUCUGAGCUUCGGAGGCUUUGAGAACAGAAGAAAUGUGGUCGGCAUUGUUGGAGGCUUUUCACUGGCUGAGGACCCCACAAGGUUUAAGACGGUCCACUGCCUUCUGUAUCCAGAUACCACCUGGUGUCCACAGCUCCAACACAUAAACGGAUGAGUACUUUGAGACCAAGCACUCGGUGAACUGAGAAUUCAAUGGGUCGCUGUAAUCUUUCCUUCUCUCCAAACUGGCUGUAAAGCGAUGGGCUGAUGUUAAUCAAGUGGGAAUACUUGUCCUGGGAGUCCCACGGAGGCUUAUUGCAGGUGGUUGGACCUACAUAAGGCAAGUGUCUCCACUGUGGCUCAGCAGAAACGCUGUAGUAUGAAAUGACUUUGGGUUUCCACAAAGUGCAGCGCAGUCUCGCUAUAAAGGAAUCUGCUCACGGUCUGUAUGGAGCAGAGGAGUAUUAUUAUGUUAUUGCAUUAGCCCAUUUCUAACAGGCCCAUCUUUAAGGUUUUGCACUACUGCGUCACUUCCUGUAUGUUACUGUCUGUAGUUCCAUGUUGGUGUAAAUGGAGUGAUCUUCAUUAUGUAUUUUGUCUUUAUAUAGGUUGUAUUUUUAGCUCUGCAUACACUUCUUUAAGGCAGAAGUAAGGAGUUUGUUGGAACUAGUGGAGACAAAGAUAUUUCACCCACAGUGCCAUGAAACGUGCCACCACUCAGACAAAAUGUACACUUUGUUUAUCCUCUGACUUUUCUUCUAGCGCCAUCAUCAGGUUUUUUUUUAUAAAUUUAAACUAAUGACAUUCCCAUCAGCUUCCUCAGCUGCACUUUGUGUUUAGUGCUAAUUAUUAAAUGUUUGCAUGCUAACACUCUAAACUAGAAUGCUGAAUCAGCAUUUUGGCAUUUAAUCUGUACAGCCUCAGAGUAGAUGCUUGGUCAUGUUUCAUUACAUGGAAAUCCAGUGAAAACUGAGUGCUAAGAAGCCUCCUCUUCCUCCUGUGGACUUCAGGUUUGCCACUUUGCUGAAUUGUACUCUGAUAAACUGGUUAUUUGGCUCCACCCACUCCAGCAACAAUAUUUCUGCCUGUAAAAAGUAUUUGUGUAAAACACUUGUCUACCUUUUUGCACACAAGACUAGAAUCCAAAAUCCAGAGCAUGUGUUCCACUGCAGGUCAGUGGGUGAGAGUACGUGAGUGUUUGUGUAAACCUUUACCACUGAUGUAUUAUUGUGUUUCAAUAACAAUAAAAACCUUUCUGCAUUGUCAAA